AAGAGAAAAAGAAAAGAAGAAAUAGUCUAAGAAGGAGAAGAAUAAGAAAGAAAGAAGAUGAAAUCAAAGCAGGAGUAUAGAGGAACGAGGAGGACUCGGAAGAAAUACUGGCAUUGGUAUCGUUGGCUCUCGGAUACCAACCUACCGAUAUUGGCCCCGCCUUUUUCAUCCAGUCACCAGUAUCGAUCAAACUUUAUACCAUCCAUCACACACACACACACGCACAUCCAUACCCCACACACCAUCCCAUAGAGUAAUACACACAAACAUUAUCCAGUGUUUUAAUAUCUUGUCUAGCUAGUGCUAACCAACGCCACGGCUUACGGUAUAUACGCCGUCUCGCGCUGUGUAUGCUUGUUCACCGGUUACCCUUUGGCCCGGCGCAGCUGCAGUUUGAGGGGGAAGUCUUUCACAAGUUAGGAAAAACUUAGCCUUAAAAAAAAUCAUGACGGAAAUGCUAGAUGUUACCCUCCACGGGCCCGCACCGUGGGGUUUUCGGCUAGCUGGCGGCAAGGACUUUAACACUCCAAUCCAUAUAUCAAAGACGACACCAAAUGGCAAGGCGGCAUACGCGGGUCUUCAGCUCAAAGAUGUGGUGUGCGCCAUCAACGGUAGAAUCACCUCGAGUAUGUCCCACUAUGAGGCCCAGGAUUCCAUCAAAGAUAUCGGCGGGGAUCUCAAACUUAGAAUCAGAAGGACGGGAGGUUGGGUAGACGCACCAGUACAAUCAAGGGCAGGAAAUUUUCCAUCAGCUCCCCCUCCAGUCCGCCGUAUGGAGCCCGAGGUGCUUCCACCCCCUGGCCCUUCGGCCACCAUCGUUCAUAAGCAGUUCAACUCCCCGGUCGGCCUCUACUCAGCGGAUAACAUCGCAGAUGCUUUCAAGGGGCAGGUCGAAGGCAUGGGCCUUGACGCGGGCGCCACCAAGUUUCCUGCGGCGGCUCCUAUGUCUCAACCAAUGUCCCCGAUGUCCCCUAUGUCACCCAUGUCACCGGGCUUCGGGGGCCAAGGCUACGGGGGAGGACAACAAGGCUACGGCGGGGGCCAAGGCUUCGGGUCCGGUAGACCGAGCUACGGCAGCAGCUCGACUCCAUUCGGUGCCCCUGCCCACGAGCCCAUGUACUCCAAGCCAAGGCCCAUGGCACAGUCGUAUGCGGGCCAUGCCCCGAGGGCCCAGACGUACGCCCCACCUAGGCGUCCCCCACCCAUCGUCAACCGACCCAAACCCCAGCGUCAGCAACCCCCAACCUCCCAGCAGAGGCCUCAGAAGGCCUUCGCGCCGAACCCCGCCGUCAAAUCGAGGUCCUUCCGCAUGUUGGAGGAGAUGACCCAGGAAGAGGAAGCGAGAGCUCUCGAAGAUAUUCAACAUGCUAACAAACAAGAAGCACCUUCAGCCAACACUUACCGUUCAAUUGACAAUUACGAACCCGAUGACGGCGAGCCAACUGGUAGACAGUCCCGAUCUUUCAGAAUGUUACAACAGAUGACGGCUGAAGAAGAGGCUAUGAUGGGAGACUUGUAACUCAAUCUGUAAACCAAAGUGCAUUAUUUAUUGAAUGAAUUAAAAAAUAUUCCCCAAGUUUCUAUGUCGGUGUUAAAAUCUUGUUUUGCCCAGGGUUUAGGGGAUAAAAUUUGUGAUAUAGGCCUUCCCUCUAUCUGAAAGGGUGUAACUCCGAAACGUUUAAAGAUAAGCUCCUUUUCGCUGGGUUGGUUCAAAUUUUGCUGAGGGUUGGUUAGCUCAGUCGAAAAGGUUCUCUCUUUUCGCUGGUCCCUGUAGUGCGAAUCUUGCAUUUUAGGUGAAUGACUUUCGUAAGGGUGUCUCUUUACGGGACCGCAGUAAACCGAAUGACCAGGUGACUGAAAUUAAAUUUGAAAAAGUACUAAUAUUGUGAAAAUUAUAUUUAAUUACAAGCCAAGGUAAAUAUCUAAGUGUAGGUAAAUUGAGUUGGAUUGAAUAGAUAUUUAGCUGUGACAGGGAAAAGGUGCAGCACGUUCUAAUGUGAAUGUUUAAUAAUUUUUGGCAAAUAAAUGAAAUAUUAACAUUGUCCAAGUUGUUAUAUUGCUUGAAUCGCUUGAAAACCACGACUUCAAAACAAAGCGUUCUUUCUCUAUCUCUCUCUUUUUUUACAUAUGGAAAAGUUGAUUUAUUUCGAUCACAGACACACAAGAAUGGUUGUAUUAAGCUUUUAUGUAUAGAAUAGAAAAAAUGAAAACAGUUAGACAUAGCCUGUUGCUAUAAUCUGAUUUUCUAGCUGUGCAAUAGAGGACUCGUUUUUAUCGUGCGAUCGAGAAUAUGCGAUUUUUUUUGUGUUGGUGAACAUUAUUAGCUAUUUGAUUUUAAUAGUGGAAAAUAUAAUUAUAUUAUGUUUCGUGAUUUAGCUAUAGUUAAGCAGACUGGGGUAUAAAACCUCCAAAAAUAGAUACUUUUCGUGCCUUAAAUACAAUUUUUCUGUAAAAGAGAGUUAUUCCUUGUUUGUUUUAUGAUGAUUUAAUAUGGAAUACUUUUUUAAAAAAAUCGCGUAUGAGUAUUUUUCGAACUCUUUACCAAAGUGCAUUUUAUCGGGAUUUUUAACUCCACACGAAAUUGAAAUAUACAACUCUUUUAAAAUACCCAAAAUUUGUUUUGUUAUAAAGUGUAUAUAUUUCAUGGCUUGUUUUUCCUGCGAUUGCAGGGGCCUCACAAUUUUGAUUUUUAAAUGAAAAAAAAGAAAAGAAUUUUAACACCUCUAUUUAUUUUACUGGUUUGCUGUUUUGUGAUUCGUUUGACAGGCGCUUGAUUUCAUUUGUCGCUGAUAUUUCUAAUCUUCUUGAAAUAUUUGUGACCUUUUCCACUUAAUCAUCGCCUCCAAUCUUUCAUUUCGAUUUCAUGCUAACGGUACCGUGUACGGAGUGUUAUAGCCCAAAGUUACCCUAACUAUGCAAUAUUUUAUAGAAUUUGUCUUCUUUUUUUUUCUCUCUUAAUGUAGAGGAGUGGACUCCACUCUUUUGCGAGUCAAGUCAGGGAUCACUUAUUUUGUAGUGGAAUCCACUCCACGUCGAUUGUGAAAACCACUCCAAAGUAGAGGUUCGAAUUUUCUUUAAUAGAGUGGUUUCCAACAUUUCGGAUUACCACUCCACAACAAAGUGAUCCUAAUAUGACUCUUCAAAGAGUGUAUUUCCGAAGACAGUUAAAUAGUUGUAGUUAUCGUUAUUAUGUGCCCUGUCCAAUAAGUGUUGUGUAUAUUUGUUUUUGAAGUAUUUAUGGUGAGACAUUGGGAAGGGAAAUUGGUCGAUUGUAUAUCUUUGGUAAAAACUUUGCUUUCGGAUCGUCCGAAAAUAUGUAAGCCUUUGCCCCUUUUCAUUAUAUAUCACAUCUUGAGUUUUAUGAUAUUAUUCUGCCUCGAUAGACCUUCUAUCAAUCUAUGAAUUUAACGCCUUCGGAAUAAAUGAGCAUGGGUGAAAACGAUCA